AUGGAAGAUAUGAUCCCACAAGAAAUGAAGGGGCCUAAGCUAGGCCCCUUCCGAGGGAACAUCGACAACAUCGAGUUCAUAAAAAUGCUAGGACCAGAUGAGAGGAAACUUGAAGAAGGCGACGUCCCUCACGCCCGGGUCUUUCUAGUCAGGAUCAAUGGAAGAAAAUACGUCAUCAAGAUCUUCAAUUUCUUCAGCAUCGUCGACCUACGACCAUUCCCGUACGGCGCAGAAGAACUCCUAACCAACCGCGUCGUACGCUACCAAAUGGAUCCCUUCUACGCCGAAUGCCGGGCCUUCGGGCUCCUAGUAGAAAAGAAGCAGGAUGAUCUCCUCGCAGUGCGUUGUCACGGCUACGCAUUCCUCCCAGCCGCAAUAGAACAUCUCAUCGAGGCACGCUUCGGGAACAAGUUCGCCAUCAAGGACUGGAAUCGCGAGCCCUCAGACAAAGGAAGCCCGCUGCGCGCGAUCAUCAAAGACUACAUCCCCUCUAAAUCGCCGUAUGGCAGACGGAAGUUAUCAGUUAUCAAGUCCAACAUCGAGAAAAUGAACGAGCUGGGGAUAUUCAACAUGGAUAUAUGUAGACGUAACCUUCUAGGCGGCCGAUUAUUCGACUUCAGUAUCGCGAUCACAUCGCCCCAUAUACAUCUGUCGACCAGGCUUCGGGAGACAGAAAGUAUCGACGUGACUGUGGGAUACGAUCGCGCUUGCUUUCGAGAGAUGGAAGAACACGAGCUUAAAAGGAGGGCAAGCUCGAGGGCAGCUUACCGGGCUAAGUUACGACGAGGUUCCUGUGAAUAG